GUGGCGCAGUUGUUCAACAAUAACGUGGCUGUAUUGAAUUAGAGUUCACAUCCUUCAAUUUCACAAGUUGAAUAAGUCUUAUUUCCCCCACAAAAAUCAUGGCCUACCAGUGACGAUAUGCCUAUGUCUUCAUACCAUCUUACACUUGGUAUGGUACACUUUGAAAUAAAAAUACACUGAAAAAAUCAGUUACAGAAAUUCGUUGGACGAAUGUACACCAUGGGAUGUGUACACCGUUCCUGGCAAGAUGCCAGAACAGAAGUAACGAAUGACGGCAACGCUACAAUUACCUGUGAGUCAAAUGGGUCUCCUAUUGGUUUAGGAUCGAACAGAUCGUCCCCUUUCACCGUCAAGCCACUCCCUCUGAUUACUCUGACGUCAGGAAAGCACUGGUGGGUUUGUCAAAGGAUCCAGUUUUCAGCGAACAGAGGGCAGUUCUAUUCAAGACAAGCAGACAGAGGAGAAUCCCCAAGACCCUGUACUUUACAGCAAUGGGAAAUCACUUUCCUGUAGUGGACCGUAACAACAGGAAAAUGCCCUUGGGUCAAGAUGGACAUUCAUGGAAAAAGAAAACAUCUGACGUCAAGGAGAUUUAUGACUUUAAAGAGGUUCUUGGGACGGGGGCCUUCUCAGAGGUGGUGCUAGCGGAGGAGAAGAGGACGCAGAAGCUGGUGGCCAUCAAGUGCAUCCCCAAGAAAGCCCUGGAGGGCAAGGAGAACAGCAUCGAGAACGAGAUUGCCGUCCUGCACAAGAUUAAACAUGCCAACAUUGUAACCCUGGAGGAUAUUUUCGAGAACAAGUCGCACCUCUACCUUGUCAUGCAGUUGGUGUCUGGUGGGGAGCUGUUUGACCGGAUCGUGGAGAAAGGAUUCUACACUGAGAAGGACGCCAGCAAACUCAUUCAGCAGAUUCUGGACGCCGUGAAGUACCUUCAUGACAUGGGCAUUGUGCAUCGUGACCUCAAGCCUGAGAACCUGCUCUACUACAGCAUGGACGAGGACUCCAAGAUCAUGAUCAGCGACUUCGGUCUGUCCAAGAUCGAGGGCUCGGGCAGCGUCAUGUCCACAGCGUGCGGUACCCCAGGAUACGUAGCUCCCGAGGUCCUGGCCCAGAAACCAUACAGCAAGGCGGUGGACUGCUGGUCCAUCGGAGUGAUCGCAUACAUUCUUCUCUGUGGAUACCCUCCCUUCUAUGAUGAGAACGAUGCCAAGCUGUUUGAACAGAUCCUCAAGGCAGAGUAUGAGUUUGAUUCUCCAUACUGGGAUGACAUCUCCGAUUCAGCUAAAGAUUUCAUCGUCCAUCUGAUGGAGAAGGACCCCAGAGGCCGCUACACAUGUGAUCAGGCCCUUCAGCAUCCCUGGAUUGCUGGAGACACGGCUCUGGACAAGAAUAUCCACGAGUCUGUCAGUGCCCAGAUCAAGAAGAACUUUGCCAAAAGCAAAUGGAAGCAAGCCUUCAACGCCACGGCGGUGGUGCGGCACAUGCGCCGCCUGCAGCUGGGCACCAGCCAGGAGGGCCCCAGCCAGCCCAGCCUGCCCAGCCCCUGCCACGGCCACCAGCUGCUGCCGGAGCGGGACGAGGAGGUGGAGCAGCGGAGUGAGGCCAAGUGUGAGGGGGGCUGUUCUGGGGCAGCCGGUGAUGAGGCGGAGUGCGACCCCCUGCAGAACUGCACCUACCGCUGCCACCCCACCAGCCGCGUGUAAGCGCAGCGCCGCACUGUGCCGCCCCAGCCAAACGACCUCAGACUGUCCCUGUUUCGAAUCACUGGAGCCCGACACCAAUCCCCAGUCUGGCCAGGAAUAUGGAGUUGUUCCAGCGACCCGCCACCAGGGAGCGCUGCUGUGUAAAGAAUUCAGGGUUGGGGAGGAAAGGGACACUACGCGAAUGGAGGGAGUCACUUUAGGCCGACAGAGGAGGAGGAGGAUGAGGAGGAGGAUGAGGAUGAGGAGGAGAGCGCUGACACAGCGUGGAGAGAUGAAGAGAGAGGGAGAGAGGGGUGGAGAUGUGUUCCUCAAGUGGGAGGUGGACAGAGCGUGGACGUUGUUUUACUCAUCCUUUUAAAAUGGUCUUCUGUCUCCAUCUCGAUAUUUCUAUAUGCAGUAUAGUGUUUUUAUCUGUUUCUUCUAUUCCCAAACAAACAAAUGCUCUCUUUCUUUUUCUACUGGCAAACAAAGGCCCGGGCUUUACCCUUGUACCUCAAUCAUUGGAUAAGCUUUACUUUACUGUAGGAAGGUGGAUGUUCCAAUGCAGAUCAUUUGGAAAGAUCACACCUGGAGGUGUGUUGUCAUGUAUGAUUCUGCAUGAAUAUUGCCUCUUUACCUAUAGGUUCACACAUUCUUCUGAGCACUGAUUAUGUGAUUGUCCAAGCAAUUCUUAAGUUUUAUUAUUAAUAUUAUGUGAUUGCGCAAGCAGUUGACACCUUUGUACGUCACUUUGGAGGAGGAGUGUCUGCUAAAUACUCAACUUCUAGUGAUAUGCUGAGGAUCUGCAUUUUGUUUGAUUCAGUGGUCUUCACCGAGGAAGGUAAAUGUUUCUAGUGGUAUGCUGACGAUGUGAAUUUGGAAAGCCGUGAGCUUCUGACAUUAUAAACAUUCAACCAACUGCAUGCUUAAAAAGUUUGUUCCAGAUAAGGGAGAUGUGAAAAUGUUCACGUGGUGUUUUAUAAGUGGAGAAUUAACUUUAAUGUUCAAGCUAAUGGUACCGCAUAGUUGGAGUGUUCUGUCUUUAUCAUCUUGUUGCGAGGGUGAUUAAGUUGAAAGGUUUUUAGUGGACCAAGAUUAGUGGACUAAUUCACCAGCACGGCUGGGAUGGCUAAUUUUGCGAACAAUCGCACUUAAUAUUUUCUUGUGUAGAAGUAAAAUUGUGAACUUUAAGAGAGCAAAGGCAGAUUUGAAGCCCAGAUCAGUUUUGAAUUUACAAUACUGUUCAUUACAGUAAUGUUAGUCAGCUCACAUGUCAACUCAAUUCCACUGCCACACUGUUUUCAUGUAAUAAUAUUGCUGUCAUUUUCAUUUAUCUACAGAAUAGACGUGCAGACACGUUGCGUUUAACAAAAUCUACAAGAAUACUCAAACAGGUAGCCCUCAAGCCUUCAUAAAAGGCAUGUAUUAUUUAACUGGUAUCAGCUGGUCUUGAGACUCAAAGGAUGGUUAUGGUAUUUAGCAGACGCUUUUGUCUAAAGUGACCUACAAAACAAAUAAUAAAAAAACAACUAUAUGAUCAACAACCAUAAAGCUUUAUGCACAACACCACAAAAUGCUUUUAACAAAAUUGUAUAUCAGAUCAUAAUGAAAUUAACAAUAAAAAUAACGACUGUAAUACUAUAAAAAUGGUAGGACUUGUAACAAAUGUAUUAGAAUGACAGAUGAGUCAUUCUACCGCCGAAGUACCACUAAAGAAAAGAGUCUUGAUUGCCAUCUCUUCCUGUGGAGAGAAGGGAAAGACCAAGUAGUCGAGUUCUUCCUAGAUCUGAAUAAGUUGUAUUGCACACAAUGACUGGAGACCAUCAACUCAUUUUGAACAUUGACUGAUUGAUAUGAGUGUGUAUUGUCUGCCUUGUGUGCUAGUGGGUCAUUGGUGUUAGAGAAUCGCUGCCCUGCGCCUUGUUAGAUGAUAUGUAUUGGUCGUCCCACAGGUGGUAGGAGAGUCAAACCUUUCUUUCGUAGGGUGCAGUGUUAACAUCCACAUAAUUGCAUAGAUUACAGAAUGCAACUGCCAACUGCUGCUGCGCAAUCACAUUUGUAUUUUCUUCUCUAGUUGCAAAUUGCAACCUUAGUUUGCAUGGGAAAAGCCGGGCGUUACAAGCAGGUACGAUACAUGCAUGUAUACAUUCCUCCUUUAUACAGUGUGUGUGGCACAUGUUUCUGUCAAUGUUAAUACGUGCGAAAGGAUAAAACUAGCGUUCUUCCUGUGUCCCUCCAGGAAAUUGACAUAUUUUUCAGCCGUGCUGCAUCAUCCUGUGUUGGUGUAUUGUGUCCUUGCAAUACCUCAUGUGUUACUUUUACAUUUGGAUCAACCAGCUCAGCUUAUCAGACUCUGCAGUGCCUUCAGGAUUGCAGUAUCAAGUGUUUGUGUGUCUUUUUUUGUGUCAUUCCAACACAAAGUAGUCUUGUCAAAAUGAUCUGUAUUAAGAAGCAAAACGUCAUCCAAGAGUGAAUCAAUUUUAUCACUGCUUUUUAUGUAGUUCGGACAUGCAAACUGAACUUGUCAGUAUAGAAAUAGCACUACAUAAGCAGUAUGUUCACCUGGACACUACAGCAGAGAGCAUUUAGCAAGACAGAUUAUAAAGGCACCCCAGUUCAAUCUCAGCCAAACGCCCUACUCAUAGGGACAAGGAUCGUGGUAGACCAUAUAUAUUGUAAUGAUAAGACUAUAUAAAACCAGUGAAGAUAUGAAGGGAUUUGUCUCCUGUCAUAAAACCAAACUGUCCGAAGUUGAAGCCAAGCAUGCUCAUGUUGUAAGCCUUUCAGACAUGUGUUUUUUUUAUGUUCCUUUGUGGACUGCAUUAUUUUCAUGCUAUUUCUCGCAUCCGUAAUUCCAUUCAUGUUUUACACCAUUUGGUUGUGUAUAAAUUAAAGAAUGUACAUGUA